GGCCUGUUUCUAUGUCGAUGACAGGCGCCGAAGAAGUGUCACCCCCCUGCAACAAAACUUCAGCACUGAGAGAGCAAGUCACAGAGUACAUUUUUUAAAGGUAUUGAGCACGUUAAAUAACACGGAUAAAUAAAGAGUUUAUUCCGUGAAAAAAUAAUUUAGUUUUGACCUUUUUGUAAAUUAUCAGAAUUAUCUUCUAGCCUCAGACGGACAAACGAAGACAAAAUAUCUACUGUUAGGUACCUAUACAAAUACUGAAAAGAUUUGAUUUAUAUAGGUUUUUCAUUUAAUUUAGAAUGGAACAGGAAAGACAAGAAUCAAAUUCCAGUGAAAAUGACCAUUUACAAGGUUGGUUAAAGAGUGAUAAGCUUGCACUGCUGAAUGCUCUGAAAGCUUAUGGUUAUGACAGUACUGAGCAUCUUGCACUGAGCAUACCAGGAAAGAGUGAAGAUGAUAUUAAAAAGGCAAUAACUUAUUUUAGGAAAAAGUCUACAAGACAUCCAAUCUAUACAGCCACGAAAAAACAAGAAAGGAAGAAAGUUAAUGCUGUGUCCCGUGUUCCUUUAAGUGCUUGGGGGAAGGUUUUAACUGAUUCAAUAAAUUUUAAAGAGCUUCAAACUGAGACAGCAGCAGCACUUCGUAUUCUCGCUGAAUUUGAAGACUUUCCUCAUGUGCCAUGUGGGGCACCAGAAUAUAACCUUGACUUUAAGAAAAUUUAUCAUACAUUAGCUAAUGCCUUGGAAGGUAAAGAGCUACCUAAAAAUAAAGUGAUAGCAACAAUAUUUGAGAAAUGCCUGCUUGAGACUGCAUUGACUAGUAAAGCAUUCAUAAGAAAGAGUGCUUUUAAAAAUGUUAUUAACAAUCUUAGAUUGACAGAAAGCUAUAAUUCCUUGACUCCUCGGCAUCCAUUACCUCCCGAACUUGCUGCUGUAAGGCACAUAGCCCUUCAGAGAGCUUAUAACCCAUUCAAUGUGUGUGAAGAUGUUCUUAAACAGUCAAUGUUUUUAAAAAAGCCAGUUGAGGAUGAAUUUAUAGUUCCACAUUAAAUGUGUGUUAUGUAGCCCCAUAAGUGUGAAAACUACAGUAGCCAGGAUUUGGUCAGCCUGUGAUCACUGAUAAGGCUCUGGGAAUCUGCACACUAUUAUAUGAUAUUGGUGCUAGUGUGUGGGUUUGCUUAAAUCACUUGUCUGGGUUUUAAUAUGAUUUAUUACAAAUCUGUCACACAAUGGAGUUUCUCGCUCUGGUACCAUAUAAAGGUAGAACUAUGAAAAAUAGUAAAAUGUAUUUAAUCAGCCAUUUAAUAUAACCUGUAAACAUAAUUUAAAAAAUUUUCAGACCUUGCCUAUAUGCUUUAGUCAUUAAGGUGUGUUAUCUUUACAAACAAAUUAUAUCCCAAAGCCAUUUGUUAUGUUAAGAAAGUAGGUCUUUUUGUUAACAGUCUUUAUGUCCAGAUCUAUUUGUAUUACAAUCAUAUUGUUUAAUUUUAUUCACAUUUAUGUAAUAGUAUACAUAUGCUGAAUUAUGUGUUUCAUAGAAAAAGGUUUUGACACAGGUUAUAUACAUAAUACUUCCAGUAGUUUUGAUGAACAGACCUGUAAUCAUUAAAUUAAAACAAUGGUUUUACUAAGGGGCCCUCUUUAAAAUUUAUGUGAUUAUGAGGGUGCUCUCUGCUUACUAGCGCCACUAUUACAUUUUUAACAAUUUAUUUUAAUUCGUAGGGAAAACUAAAAAUGUACCACAGGAGAUUUUGCUACACCAGACAUAGUAUAAAUACCUAUUUCACUAAUAAAUUAAAAUGUAAGAAAUGUGGCGGUGGCGCUAAUAUGCUUCACUAACUAAAAUCUUGAGAGAGUACCUAACUCCGAAUUAAGAGCACGAGAGAGCAGAGUUUUAUGUUAUAUUUUUCGUAAUUACAUGACAUCAUGUAUAGAUCACUUAGUGCGCAAGCAUAAUAUGCAGAUGAUGCAGAUAUUAUUAAAAAUAUAAGGUAAUUUCGUAAUAUUUGAAACAAAAAAAAACAUUACUUAUUUGUUUUACAUUUGUAUUUACAGCAUAGAAAAUGUUCACAUGUCCCAAGCAUCUGUUCAAUUCUAUUUAUACAUAAAACAAUAACAUUAAUCAAAAUAAAUAAGAUUUUUCUA